CUUGAGUUAAACAUUAUUUAAUUAGUGGUAACUGCACAAAGCACUUAUCCUAGCAUAUACCACUAAGAAAAAGAGGAAGAAACCUCAGAAAUUGUCUGAGAAGAGAGAGACAGAAGAACAAGAGAUACACUGUCAGAGCAAAGGAUAAAAGUACGACCCCUAAGGUGGAAAAACUGAGGCAUAGAGGGGAUAAAUGAUUUGACCAAUGUUGCUAAGGAGUCAGUAGCAUAUCUCAAGUCUCUCAGUUCUGGGCUUUAACCACAACUUUAAUCUAUUGGUUCUGCAAGAUCAUUCCACAGGGGCAAGAUGAACUGGCAACUGGUCAUUUCUGGAUUAGUCAUCCUGCCCAUUAAACUAGUAGGGACAUCCUUGUUUCUCAUCUAUUUUCCACAGAUCUUCCCCAUGCCAGGCUCUCAAGGGACCCUGAAUUCCACAACCGAGAGGAACAUAACAGUUCUACAGACUACCCCAGGCCUGCCUAAGACACAACCUGAUUUCAGCACAAUCACAACUACAGCUCGCGACAGAACAGCUAAGCCCCUACAGUGGGAGGGGCACCGAGGGAAUUACUACUUAUUUUCUAAAGCCAAAGAGGUCUGGAGUUCCAGCCGAACAGAGUGUGAUGACCAGAGCUCGGAUCUAGUUGUCAUCAGUGACAGAAAAGAGCUGGAGUUUCUUCAUAAUAAAACAAGGGAUGCUGAUUAUUUCAUUGGACUAACUUACUCAGAGAUGGAGAAGAGAUGGUACUGGAUUGACAAGACAGAGCUUACGAGAAGCCUAUUUACUCUGAAACCAAAGACAUUGGACUCUGAAAAUGACUGUGCAGUUAUCAGAGCUGGAGAAGUGAGUCCUUCCUCUUGUCACCAACGAAACCAGUGGAUCUGUGAGAAGACAAUGAAAUAACUCUUAUGUUGGGAGAGUCCCAACACAGGUAGUUUGUGGCACUGGAAUCCAGCUGGGGCAUUUCCCCCUAAUCUCAGACACAAAUAUGCACAUGUAUUCUCAUUUUAUAAUAAG